AUGAUGGCGAUGAUGAUGACUGGCCGUGUGCUGCUGGUGUGUGCCCUCUGCGUGCUGUGGUGCGGUGCCGGCGGAGUUUAUGCGAGGGACGUCGACAACAACGCACAGGGUGUCUGCAUGACGUCGGGAGGGUUUGGAAAGAAAAAAUCGUAUUUGUCGAGCGGAUGUGAUAAAAACGCGCCGACACUCUCUUUGCGUUCAGUUUUGCCCAUUCCUGCUAUACAAGCCGAAGAUUCUGAAGAAGUUGCUUCCUCCAAGGGAAAAGGCGGUAAAAAUCCAACUUCAGGUGUUGUUGAAGCUGCCGACAUCGCUGCAGGAGUAGGAGGUGGCGGAAGUGGUGGCGGAAGCGGUGUAAAAUCUGCUGGACAAGGUGGUGGUGGCAGCAGUGAAGCUGGUUCUGUACCUGCUGCUGGUCUCUCUCCUGGCGCUGGUCUCUCUCCUGCUGCUGGUGGUCCUGCUUCCGGUGGUGGUUCUUCACCUGACCGUAUUGUUGGCACGGAGACCAGUGUCAGUCUUUCAUCCCCUUUGCAAAGUGAAUCUGAAAAAAAAGUUUUGCGAAGAGAUGAGGCAAAGGAUCAGAGUCACCAGUUGCCCAACGGAAAAGCAGCAGGAACACCAGUCGCUGAAACUCAGUCACGGGGCUCUGAUAAAACAAGGGGGCAAGAUGUUGGCGACACUUCUACAUUGGGUUUCAAACAAGAGCGCUCUUCGGAAGAACCGGAGAAAAAAGACGGGGAUUCAUACACUCUUCAAACAGUUAAGUCACCAGAAGAUCCAAAUAAAGAAUUACAAGAAAAAGGAAAAGCCUUACCGGAAUUAUCAAACGCACCUCUGCCGGAACCAAAAACUGAUCAUCCAAAAACGAAUCCAGAAAAAGAGAAGAAAGGCAGCCAGAACACGAGUGCAUCCACGGAUUCACCUGCAAAACAAGAAGGAAAUAACGAGGAUCCUGUAUCCACUUCGGACGCUGCGGAGAGUGUAUCAACUGGCAGUCAAGAACAAGCAGCAGCGACAUCUUCAAAUGACAGCUCUUCCCCACUUCAGAAGGAAACAUCCGUUGAAAAGACUACUGUGGAGAAUUCUCAACCUUCCGAUACUGCGCAGACGGAAAAACGCCAAAGUGUAAAUAAGGAAAAGGUUGGCGACAGUGACAGCAGCAGCGCUCUCUCUCACACCACCUCCCCUCUUUUGCUUCUUCUUCUUGUUGCGUGUGCGGCUGCUUCUGCGGUGGUGGCCGCGUGA